AUGGAUAAUGAUAAACUAAAAAAAGUACCUUCUUAGGUUGACUCUAAGCUGGGUAGUUAUCUUAUUCAUGAUGAAAACGAUUUCAUCAGAGCUCUUGCAUAAGAAAUAAACUUUGAUGAUCUAAAGUAAAAGAAUAUCAAUCUCUAUGUGAUUGGAUGUGGAAAGAUUAAUGGUAUUAAAAAUUUUUCAUUAGAUACUAAAUUCCCUAGUUAAUUAUUAUAUGUCGAUUCUGAGCGUUUCACCUACACAAAAUUAGGAAUGAUGAGAGCUGAAACUAUAUCUUAAAUAAGUAAAGGAAAGAAAUCAAAGGAUACAAAAUCUUCAUUUUGUGGAGGAUUAUGUUGGUCUAUCUGUAAAAUGAUUUCUAAAGAAAAAUAAGGAGAUGUUUAUUAAUUAGGAGGAACGUAUAUUUUUGAGACUGAUGGCAAAAUUACUUAUAGUUUUGUGGAUGAAAGCUCGAAUGGGCAUGUUAGUUCAACAGAAAUAACUGAUUUAGUUGAAAAAUAUGGCCAGAAUGCUUGA